AUGACGACCUACUGGAUCACGGUGCAGGACCUGAACGACGUGGCGCCCGUGUUCGCUCCGUCGGGCGUGUUCGAGGUGGAGCUUCCGGAGAACAGGGAGCUCGGGAAGCCCACGGGCAUCAGGCUGCCCGUCCUCGACCCCGAUAUAGUGAACAACAUUACGUACGAAAUUGUCGAAGGGAACGAGGAGCAGAAAUUCCGGAUCGACCCAACCACGGGGGACGUCUUGGUCAACAAGCUGCUCGACUUCGACCAUCCCGUCAUGGACAGAAAUUUCACGAUGCGCGUGCGCGUGAGCGACGGCGCGAACGCCCCGGCGGAGACGGAGAUCACAAUCGCCGUGACGAACGUGAACGACCUGCAGCCGGUGUUCGAGCGAGCCAACUACACCUUCACCGUUACCGAGAACGCCGACUGCAACGUCACCUUCGGCAAGGUGUCGGCCAUAGAUCCCGACUUGCCCCACACAGCCAACCAGAACAUCCUGUACUAUCUCUCGCCCGACGAACUCAGAAACUUCACCAUCGGAGCGACGUCCGGGAACCUCACUAUCAAAGGCUGCCUAGACCGUGAAGCCGCCACACGAGGCACUGUGACCUUAUAUCCCCGAGCCAACGACGAGGGAGGUCGAGGUCACGACGCUGACCCCGCCACAGUGCAGAUGAUUAUUCUUGACCUCAACGACAACCACCCAUACAUUAAGAAGCCGGAGCGCAGUUACGCCAUGAUACGAGAAAAUCUGGACCCAAUGAGUGUCGAGCCAAUCAUUAUUCAGCUGGACGAUUUGGACUCGCCUGAAAAUGGGUGUCCGUGUACCUUAGAGUUCCAGGAAGAUGCUCUUCUUACCUACAGGGAAAAAUUUAGCAUCACGCAGCUAGCCGGAUCUGAAUACGAACUUCGACCGACCACGACGCUCGACCGAGAGGAGCAGAAGGUGUACAAGCUGCCCUUCCUCACUACGGACAGCCAGGGCGUGUCCGGAAUCCGCUUCCUCACCCUCGAAGUCGGGGACGAGAACGACUCUCCCAUGGCGGAUGGAACGAGCAACAUCAAGGUGUAUAACUACCAGGGUCAGUUCUCGUCCAUGGUCAUCGGCGCUGUCCACGUGACUGACCUGGACGACUAUGACCUCGAGGACAAGACCUUCGAGGUUGACCCCAUGACCUCGUCCGACGUCGCCACGCACUUCCAGGUCAACCACGAGACCGGAAAUAUCACGAUGCUGAAAGGGACGCCGUCGGGGAUUCACGUCCUCAGGGUCAAGGUGCAUGACAACUUCCGAGGAGAGAGAGCGGUUGGCGAAGUUGUGAUUAAUGUUGUAGAUCUAACGCUGGAUGCUGUCAUGCAAUCUGGCUCUCUCAGGAUUGCAAACAUGACGGCUAAUCAGAUGCUGCAACACAAGACGGCCACGGGAGUGAGUCUCUACGAGCGCCUGAAGGAGGAGAUCGCCGGCCUCCACCGCAUCCAGGAGGACCAGGUCGACAUCUUCACGCUGAGGGACGUGGCGGACGGCGUGGACGUGCGCUACAACUGCCACAGCUCCCCCUACUACACGGCUGCCAGACUAGACGCCAUUAUGUUGCAGCGCAGGCAUAGGGUGGAGAAAUCCCUCGGCGUCGACAUUCCAAUGAUCGACAUCAACCUGUGCCUGUACGAGGGCCUGUCUCCGUGCGGCGACCGGAGCUGCCAGCACACGAUGCGCCCGAACCUCACGGCCCCGCUCGUCGUCGCCAGCGAGACCGCCACCAUGGUCGGGGUGGACAUAACGGACGACUACACCUGCGACUGCGGUGCUCUGGAGCCUCUUCCUUCAGUGUGCUUUGAGGAUUUCUGUUAUAAUGGAGGAACCUGUUACGUGGUCAACAGGACCCUCACGUGCACCUGUUUGGACGACACCAACUACGGUCCUCGCUGCGAGCUGAUGACGGCGAGGUUCGAGCGCGGUUACGCCUGGUACGAGCCGCCGAACGUGUGCGAGAACUCGACUUUUUCCAUGGUGUUCGAGACCAACGACGCCAGCGGGGUCUUGUUCUAUACAGGACCCAUGGUAACGAGUCCUUGGGCAGACUACCCGAGAGAUUUCCUCUAUGUGAUCCUCAAUAACUGGGUGUUGGAAGUGUACCUCGAUCUCGGCUCCGGGACACUGAACAUGUCGAUUCCCAUUGAGGAGAACACCUCGAGGUCCUUCGAGUUCGUCCUCUCCUGGGACAAGAUCGAGAUCACACUCGAAGUCCUGGACUGUGGCAUCAACGGGACCCUCGAGGUCUCGGACCCUUGCCGCAAGUCCCUCUUCCUGCCCGGCCCUUACCGCAGCACGAGGCACUUGCUGAACGUCCAGGGCCCGAUGCAGGUCGGAGGCACAGCGUCCGUGGUACGUUUCGCGAAGCUGUCUGCCUCCUACGGAUGGACUCUCACGCCGCCUUCCGUCCACUCCUUCUCCGGCUGCGUGCUGGAGCUGCGCCACAACGACCGCCUGUACGACCUCAACGCCACGGACUACAGCGAGAAGACUUUCCAGCCGUGCGACGCUCCGAGGACGUCGAGGGUCGUGCUCGGCCAGCAGUCGGUCAUCAUCAUCCUGGCGAGCUUGCUGUGCCUUCUGCUGCUGGUCCUGGUGAUUCUGUGUCUUGCUCGGAGAGGAAGGAAGACCAUUUCUUAUCCUGACCUGGACCGCGAGAUUGUGAAGGAGACGCUGGGGGGGACGGACAUCGAGGGGUUUGGUGAGAAGGAUGUCACCAACUUCGACUUCAAGUUCCUUCAAGUCACUCCUGAUGGCUAUCUUAUCAAUGACGACGAGGACGGGCGCCUCCCCGACGUGGCCCUCGACGCGAGCCAGAGGCAGGCGGCGCCCUUGGCCAAGAUGCCCGAAGGCCUGAGCAUCGGCGACUUCCUCAAGGACAACAUCAAGAAGGUGGACGAGGAGCACCAGGAUGUCGAUGACGUCAGGCACUACAACGCCCAGGGAGAUGAGAUGUCAGCGGCGUCGCUCUCCUCGCUGGCCUCCGGAACGUCGUCCGCCGGCACCUUCGACUAUAGGAGCGACUGGGGGCAGCGCUUCGAGAAACUGGCGGCCAUCUACGGCCAAGGGACGGAGGCAGGCGAGGAGGAGGACAGCGAGUUUGAGUUCCCGGACAUCCCUGACCAGCCCAGGAACUACUCGCUGAGAGCUUCCUUCGCUGCCAGCGAGAAGUCGACCAGCUCGAGUCCCGCGUCGGUGGUGGAGAAGACCGUGGGCGUUCUCGCGACCUCGACCUCCACUUCGAUCCCGAACUCCAUCUCGACUUCGCUCGUGACUUCGGCAGCGACCCUCGCCAACCACUACCCGACGUUGGGGAGGGAAGCCAAAUCCGCCAAGGAGGAGGUCAGGGAUCACAACGGGGCUGACGGCAGGGCUACUGACGCCAAACCUGCUGACGGGAAAGGAGCUGAUGCCAAGACUGACCUAAAAGCCAAGAAGGAGACCGAGAGGCCGACGCUGAGGACCAACAAGGAGCCCGUGACGAAGAAGAUCGAUUACCAUGAGACGGUGAAUCCCAUGGUGUCAGCUGUGAACGGCGUCAGCGUAUUUAAAGAUCCCCAAAGCCGACAGGCCGGCACUAGGACGGAGGUAAUGCUAUAAAAAAGGAAAAAAAAAAGUCAACACCGGCCAGAGCUAAAACAAAAAACAAAACAAAAACAAAAAAAAUAUACAAAAAAAAUGUGUUUAAGGUAUUCGCUUUUUCUCGCUUGUACAUGGACGAAGUGUUUGCUCUGUGGAAGAAUAAAGUGUUUGUUGUCCUCCUGCUACUGCAUUUUUUGUAUCAAUCAUUUGACAAUAAAUUCCUGUAUAUAUAACAAAUAUAUACA